AUGGGCGGCGCAUCAAACUCUGGGAGCGAGCCUUCAAGAACAAUUUACCUUGGAAACUUGCCGGAGGACACCACUUACAAUGAUAUAUUGAAUCACGUCCAUACCGGAGUUGUCGAAUCGCUAAGACUCCUUUCAGAAAAGAGUUGCGGAUUUCUAUCGUUUCUUGAUUUUACGUCAGCACAAGCAUUCUACAUGGAAUUUAAUUCUGGCCACAAGUUGAGUAUCAACGGCAACGAUGUUAGAGUAGGAUGGGGCAAGCACAGCACUAUCCCAAGCACAGUCCAGACGGCGGUACAAAGUGGAGCUACCCGUAAUGUUUAUCUCGGAAAUCUUGAAGAAAACAUUACCGAGGAAGAACUCAAAGCUGAUUUGGAUACGUAUGGUCAGAUCGAACACAUCAAGAUAGUGCCCGAGAAGCAUUGUGCUUUUGUUCAUUUUACAAGCAUAUCCGCUGCCAUUAACUGCGUCACCAACCUUCCAAAUGAGUCCAAAUGGGAAGGCCGCCGUGUCAAUUAUGGCAAAGAUAGAUGUGCUUACAAUGCAAAACAAGGAGGAAGCCAGUCUUUGCAAAAUCAAAACUUCAAUUUCCAAAAUCCCUUUCAAUUCGGAUACGACCCUUAUGGUAGUUCUCGCAACCCCCAAAUGGCGGCUUCUCAAAUGAUGUCUCAAUCGUACAUGGCUGGUAACUCUGCAACGUCAACAACCGUCUACCUUGGUAACAUACAUCCUGAUACCACAUGCGAAGAUAUCUGUAACGCUAUUCGUGGCGGAAUAUUGUAUCAAAUUAGAUACCUUUCGGACAAACACAUUGCCUUUGUAACCUUUAUGGAUGCUACAGCUGCUUUCAACUUCUAUCAACUGCUCACCUACCAAGGCAUUAGUAUCAAAGGGCGCAGACUCAAAGGUGGUUGGGGAAAACCGGUCCAGAUUCCUGCGUCUAUCCUCAUGGCCGUCCAAAACGGUGCCUCCCGUAAUGUUUAUAUAGGUAACCUCGACGAAAGCAUCACAGAAGAGAAGCUGAGAACGGACUUCUCAGAAUACGGUGAUAUCGAGUUAAUCAACUUCCUGACCGAAAAGAGCUGUGCAUUUGUCAACUUUACGAACGUACAAAGUGCUAUGAACGCAUUGGAAGGGAUCAAGAAUAAGGAUGAUUAUAGGAAGCUGAAGAUCAAUUUCGGAAAGGAUCGAUGUGGAAAUGCACCCAGAUUACCUAAAACCAAUAGCAAUGGCUCUGAAGGAUCAGGAAGUCGCGCUAGAGAAGGACAAGCAGAUGCCGUGGUGACUGAAAACUGA